AUGGACUUCCUCAGCCGAGCUACAGGCAGUAGCGAUCACCAUGGUCAGGAAGGGAUUCCCGAGGAGCCAGACUACGCUAUCCGUUGUUAUGCAACCAAGCACUCAUGGAGAGGACGGUACAAGCGGCUCUUCUGUGUGUCAUCCUCCGCUAUUAUCACACUCGAUCCUCACUCGCUCUCGUCUACCAACCAUUACACCCUCGCGACGGAUUAUGAGGGAAUUGUGGUGGCUCCUCCGCUUGGAGGCAAGGAAGACGGACAGCAGCUGGAAUUCACAAUCAACGUUCGCACAGAUGGACGUGGCAAGUACAAGCCCAUCAAGUUCUCUGCACGGCACCGUGCGUCUUUGCUGACGGAGCUGCACAGGGUGGUGGCGGCACUGCAUCCACACCCUCCUCGGCCCCUCACCACGCCCUCCACUGUCUUCCCUGUUCUCUGCCUCCGCCGUCGCUCCCAAAACUGGGUGCCUAGAGCUAUGCGCAUCUCGCCAGUUGGGAUCGAAGUCAUCCAAGCACCUGUGGAAGCAGUUUCAGCUGCUUCCACCCCCUCAUCCUCCUCCUCUGUGGCCUCCGUAGCAGCAGCAGUGCGCUGGAGCGUGGAGUUUCAGGGUCUCUCCUCCCCUGCUGUCACUGUUCUCGCUAGCCCAGAGGAGGCCGCAUCUGGUGCAGGUGCUUCUGGUGGAAGCUCAUCUGGAGGGUUCUUUGGUGUGCGGAGAGGCGUGGCGGGGAGGGAGGAUGGGGGGUUUAUUCUGCGGCUGGGGUUUGGGAGGCGGGCAAAGGCCAUCAUGGCUACUGGAGGGUGCUCCAACUCGGCCAUCCUGUCAAAAAUUGUUGACACAGCUAAGGGCUCCAUAGGGCGGGCGCUCACAGUGGAUACCACCUCUCGCCCAAGCGUCUCAGACUUUGUUUCACAGACUGCUGUGAGUGGAGUGGGUCCCAACGAGCCUCCUCUAGGGGAGUGGUCUGUCACCCUCGUCCGUCCCUCUACUCUGCUCCCAGACCCCUCCCCUCGUGCCUCUUCCGCUGCUGCCGGUGGUGGUGGUGCGACCUCUAGCAGCAACAGCAGCAGCAGCAAUAGCGUGGCAGGGGGGGGAUUGCAAGGCGGUUUGGGUGUGGAGCGGAGUGGCUCGGCUCGUCAGUUUGCCGUGACUCGGCACUACUUUGUGGAGCGCAACCCUGUCACUUAUGAGGCCACAUACAUGCGGCAGCUCUCAACCAUGUCUGCUGUGGUGCGAUGGGUGGAGGAGCCUCAGCUGCUCGCCCUGGAGUUUGUUGAUGGCGCACCAAUCCUGGUGUACCGCUGUGCAGCACGUGACUCUCUCCUGUCCGCCCUCAAAGAUGCCAUUGAAACCGAGGGUCUCUUUGGCGAUGUGGAAGGGGAUCAGCUCCUGGUGAGGCACCUCGCAGCAGCAGCCAAAGAUGCAGUUGCUGACGGGGGAACCAUUCCUGGUUCGAAGACUCGGCUCUGGAGAAGAGUCAGGGAGUUCAAUGCCAGUGUGCCUUACUCAGGGCUUUCGGCAGGGGUUGAUGUUCCUGAUGUCGUGGUCAUGGCUGUGCUUAGCAUGCUGCCCAGCCCGCCUGCUCCUCCUCCUGUGGGUAACGAGGCUGCUUAUAACGAAGUAGGUGCUUAUAGUGCAGCCGCGAUUCUCCCUGCGCCUUCCCCGAGGGCUGCUGGGACCCACAUUGGGCUGCUGGCGUGUCUGCGGCGCCUGGUGGGGGCAAAUGGCGCGUUUUCAUUGGUGGUGGGGAUGCCCGGAGCAGUGGGGAGGAUCAUGGGGCUUGUUCGGAGCGGGUCAGAGGCAGUGGCUGCUGAAGCACUCGCCAGCCAGGUUGGAGCAGCCAAUCAGGGCUCAGCAGCUGCCAACAAUGCGUGUAACAAGGCCACGGCUGCUCGUGCUGCUGCCAAAGCGGCUUUCUUCCCCACUCCUGUCCAGGUGGCAGCGGUGGUGAAUCGCCUGAAGCCACGGUCGGUGUCGCCACUGCUGUCAGCGGCAGCAGUGGCAGUGGUCGAAGCGCUGGUAUGCUCCCCUGACAGCGACACCACACAGGAUGCAACCUUUCACGAGACUCUGCGCCAGGUGGCGAAUCUGAAGCGCCGCCUCUUCUCCCUCUUCGCGCAUCCCGCCGAGGGCACGCGGGAGGCAGUGGCAGUCAUCAUGUGCACCAUCGCAGAAGAAGACAAGGCUGCCGCCCGGCCCAUGCGCGACGCCGCGCUGAAAGACGGUGCUUUCCUGCGGCACCUGAGUAACAGUGUUGCAGCAGCUGGGGGAGAGAGGAGAGAGUUGAGCCGGCAGCUGAUUGCACUAUGGGCCGAGGGACAUGACCCCAGUCUGGAUCUUAUCCGAAGGUGCUUCCCUCCUGGCCUCUGUGCGCAUCUGUACGCGCAUCGUGACACAUCAGCAGUGCCAGGUGCCCUUGACGGUCAAUCAGACGCCACUGCUGCUGCUUCAGCUGGUGAUGGCACUUUGGAUUCUCCCGCUGACAGUGCAGGGGAGGCAGGGGCAGCAGCAGUGGGAUCGAUUCGUGAUCCUGCAGCGUUUUUCCGGUCGCUGUACCACCGGUUCUUGAGGGAGGCGGAUAUGGGGCUCGUGGUGGAUGGGGUGGAUGCCUCUCACAACCGUGCCAGGCUGAGUGAGUGGUGUGAUCCCACAGGGGAGGACUGCUUCGGAGGAGCUGAGCUGCAGCAACCUCCUGCAGCAGGGGAAGUACUAGUGGGAAGCGGGGGAGCCAAUGCCGCGGAUGGUAGUGUCAGAGGCGGGGGAGGCGAUGUGCUGGUGCCUAUGCCAAGGGUCAAGAGAGCUCUCUGCGACCCCAGAUGCCUGCCGCACAUUGCUCAGGCCAUUCUCACCAACGAGCCUGCUAUCGUGGAGAAAGCCGCGCUGCUAUUGGAGGAGAUCGUGCGCUACAAUCCAACGGUUGCCACCCGCCUGUACACCACGGGCGUGUACUUCUUUGCAUUCGCCUACGCUGGCUCCAACUUUCGCACGAUUGCGUCACUCUGCCACGCCACACACACACGGCAAGCGUAUGUGAGCGGCAUAGAGGCAGCGGACAUGGCAUCACAGCCGCUGGCCAAGCGCAGCAUACUCGGGGUGCUGCUGCCAGAGAGCCUGCUCUACGUGCUCGACAGACGGGGAGCAGCAGCGUUUGCCGCUGCUGUUGUGGCGGACUCUGAUUCGCCGGAGCUCAUCUGGACGCAUGCCAUGCGCGGCUCUGUGCUCAUCCCGCAGAUUCUCUCCCACCUAGGCGACUUCCCCCAGCGUCUCUGCCAGUUCUCCAGAGCCCUGUACGACCACACGCCCAUGCCGCCCAUCUCAUACCCCGAGCUCAAGGACGAGAUGUGGUGCCACCGCUACUACCUCCGGAAUUUGUGCGACGAGAUCCGCUUCCCUGAUUGGCCCAUCGUGGAGCACGUGGAGUUCCUCCAAUCACUGCUCGCCAUGUGGCGCGAGGAGCUCGCGAGGAAGCCCAUGGGGAUCUCGGACGAGGAAGCAUGCGCCAUUCUGGAGAUUCCCACUGCCUUGCUUCUCUCUGCUGCCCACCCUCCCUCUAUAUUUCCUUCAAUCCCCCCUUCUUCCCUCACACCGUUUCCUUUCCCCCUCCCGUCCCUUCCAAUUCUCGUCCUUCCGGCCGCUGCUUUUCCAGACAAGCAGCAACCCGCCUCCUCCACCACCCCAGGCACAGCCUUCCCCACUACGAGACAAGGCGUGCAAGUGGACGAGGACGUGCUGAAGCGGCAGUACCGGCGCAUGGCAGUGAGAUACCAUCCGGACAAGAACCCCGAGGGGCGGGACAAAUUCAUCGCAGUGCAGAAAGCCUAUGAGCACCUGCAGUCUGCCAUGCAGGGCCUGCAGGGGCCGCAGACCUGGCGGGUGCUGCUGCUGCUGCGCGCGCAGAUUAUUCUGUUUCGGAGGUAUCCGGGGGUUCUGGAGCCGUUCAAGUAUGCUGGCUUCCCGCUGCUGCUGCAGCUGCUGCGGCUGGAGGAUGGGGAUGGCGAGGCAGGUGGUGGGGAUGCAAGGGAUGGUGCUGAUGGUGCUGCGGGUGGUGCUGUUGGUGGUGGGGAUGGUGAGAAGGCGAGGCGACAGCGGGAAAGCGCAUCUAGCUUUCUGUCGCCAGAGCGGUCGGAGUUACUGCAAGCAGCAACGCAUCUGCUGUGGCUCAUAUGUGCCUGUUCCUCCCUCAAUGGAGAAGAGCUCUUGCGAGAUGGCGGCCUGCCUCUCCUCACCACGCUCCUCUCUCGCUGCCUCUCCCUGCUCUCCCCCUCCUCCUCCCCACCGACCCCCUGCGCUCAUCGCCACCCACAUCCUCCGCACGCUCGCCAUUCUCUCCGCCUUCCCCUCCGCUCGCACCGAGGUUCGGACCAACCAAGCCUGCGCGGCAGCCUUGGUGCCGGACCUGGUGGUGGCGACGGAGCUAGAGAGCACGCCCGGGGCUGUGGAGGCGGCACUAGAGGGGAUUUUCCACCUGGCGCUGUCUAA